GUAUAGCGUAUUAUGAAACAGUGGCGAUUUGUGAGAUAAAAUUCAUCGUGUAAAACAAAAAAUAUUAAUUUAAGAAACUUUCAAAUAGAUUAAAUAAAUUAGCGUUGUGUCACGGAGAGGUAACAUAUGGAUUUUUGAGCUGUUAAGAAGAGAAGUUCUUUUUUCAAAACUUCCCUUGUGGGUUUUUGCUUACUCUGUAAGAAACAUGUCCCAACGGCGUUUAUCUGGUUCCAUGUCGAGACGAAGAUCGACAAAGCUAAUAAAGAAAACGAGUCAUACUGGAUUUGAAGAUUUAAAAAAGUACUGUCAUAAAAACAAUGAGUUUCUUCGCGAUGCUGCUUCCCUGUUUCAAGAAAGGGCCAAGCUGGAGAUAAUAUAUGCUGAUGGUCUGGCAAAAAUUGCUACAAAAGCCAGAAAGAUUUGCAUAGAUACAAUUGGAACUCUAAGAUCUUCCUGGGAAGAAUUUUCAACGCAGACUGAUUUGGAAUCUAAUGUACAUAAACACCUCAGUGCAGAGAUAAUAGAAGAAGUAGCGAAACCGUUGAAGACGUUUGCUGAUACACAAAAAGAAAGUAGGAAGGCUGCAGAGCAAGUAGUGGAAAAAGCUGUCAAAGUAUUAGCUGAAAAACGAACAAAAGAAUCACAGGGAAGAAAAAGUUCACACAAUAAAGCAAAAGAAUCGGAAGGGUUCACAGUGCAACUUGAGAGCGCACGAGGGAAAACGUUAUCUGAAAAAGAACUGUCCAAGUUGGAUGCAAAAUGUAAGAAAGCAGAAGAAGCGGUCACAAAAUCAGAUAAUGAUUAUAUCACCAAAUUAAUUGACGCAGAAAGAGCGAGAUUAGAAUUAGAAAGUGCUAUAACUGGUUCGACUAUAGUGUUUCAAACUCUUGAAGAAGAGAAAGUGACAUGCUUCAAAACUUUGCUGACUACAUACUGUACACUUCUCCUCAAUUCUAUACCAAAAUACGACGAAUGCUACAAAACAUUGGAAGGAAAUGUUUCAAACAUGAAUCCUGCAACAGAUAUACAAACAUUAAUCGAAUCACGUGGAACUAGAAAACAGCCGUCUGAACAAAUUGUUUUCACGUGUUAUGAAGAAGAUUUUAAUAACACGAUGGAUAACACUAGACGAAAAAUGGCAUUAGAAAAUAAACUUUCAAAGUUGACACGAGCUUUACAGGGCGAAAAGAAGGCCAAAAAAGGAUUGGUUCGUUUGAAUUCCGUGUACAGCGACACACCAAGUUUCAGCACGAAGAAUACGCAACAAGAUGUGGGAUUUCAACUUGGACAUACGAGCAGUGUGAUAAAUUUAUUAGAAGCCAGUAUAUACAGAUUAAAUAUCCCACUAGCGAAGCUGCUGCAGCGAGAUGUUCCGAAUCAUCGACUUUCAAAAUACAUCGACGAAAGGCGUGAUAAACAGGGCUCUAUAUGUUGUACGUUGAGAGUACCGAUAGAGGAGACUGAGAUGGCGGCUGACGACGAUGGUGACGAUUACAUGCCGGCUGGAGAUUAUCAAAGCACGUAUAAUUCACUGACGUAUGCACACACAGCGCCGUAUGGCAGUUGCGACGGCGACGACUUUAGUGACGUCGAUCCGGAUUUUGAAGACGAUGUUGAUCUUGCUCCGCCAGGUUAUAGCACGAUAGAUAUGUGCAAGGCUGAUUACGAUUAUACGGCAACCGAAAAGGACGAACUGACGAUCAAACCAGGUGACGUCAUCACGAUAAUAACACGACAUGACGACGGAUGGUGGAAGGGCGAAUUGAAAGGAAAAGUCGGCUUAUUUCCAGCUUCCUAUGUUCACGAAUUGAAAUAAAGUUUGACAAGUUUAUACCUCUUUUUGUGUUUGUGGAAAAUAAUGAGAAAAGGAAAAUCCGUGAUAAUUCUUUUGAGGAUCAUUUGGAGUGUCAAGAAAAUUCUGAUCCUGUACUUUUAGCCACUUUGUUUUUUUACUUGAAUUUUAAUGGUAAUCCAUACAAAGUUAAGACAAUUGUGUAGAUUUCUAUAAAACUAACUCUUCUAAAGAGAAGUCAAAAGUGUGACACUUCCACUCAAAAUGCCCAAAAUUUAUGGGCAUUGCUACAUUGUUCCAAAGAUAAAUUCAUUUAUUUUGGAUAGCUUCUGGUCGAAUGUUCUUUUCCGUAAUAGAGUUUAAAGAUGGGUUUUUGCUGUAAUUCAUCCUGUCUUCUGAAUUUCUAUAAAGUAAUGCUUUCACGAUAAUCUCGAGACGGUAAAUUCGCGUUAAGUUUUGCUAAUGAGGUAUGCCAAAGUAUUUAAAUAUUAUUUAUAUGAAAUUUUGAAUGUGUGGAUACAUCGAAAACAAAUGUGUGCGUUUUUCUAUUUUCUUUUACUACCGCUGGAGAAUUUUUUAUGUUAAUAUUUUGAAUUUUUGUACAAAAUAUAUGAAUAUAAAUGUCUUUUAAAACUUA